GCACACCCAGUACUGUAACUCUGCCUCUUUUGCCUCUGCAGUGACAGUGUCCUGAAGCUCUCCAUCAUGCCCAAAGAUGAAGAUGUUUUACAGCUGGCGUACUCACAGGAUGUUCACCUGAGAGGGAAAGACUCGGUCCAGGGAGGAGUCCGGAACCUGUCCGAGCCGCCUCCGCUCUGCUAUCCACACAAAACCUACCCAGGGAUUCAACCCCAGAACCAGCAGCACCUGGGCAACUGGCCCUCGCCCCCCCUGGAUAACCGCUGUGGAGGGGAGCCGUGGGAGUUGGGUCACUCCAGCCCGGCCCACAGAACCAAGGAGAUCCAGUACGGGAUGACCUGCCGGGGCAGGGGGGGCAGGUCCGUCUUCUCCUCCUACACGACCAGCCCUCCGCCCCCCCAGCACCAGAACCAGAACCACAGCCAGGGCAGCGAGGCACGCCUCCCCUCCCUGCAGCCUCGGCCCGCUCGCAGGCAGGCCCAGCUCUGUCAGCAAGCUCUGUCAGCCUGGCUCAGCAGCCAGCAGGGGCCCCACAGAGCCAUGCCUCCCCGACAACGCAGCUUCUCUCAGGACAGACUCGGGGACCUCCCUCCCCUCAGCCACUUCCGGGGGCCCCGCACCACCUCUCAGGACUUCCUCCUGCACCAACAGCACUGGGGCCACCUCUCCGGGUCCCCAGGUGUGACGGGGGCCUUCUGCUGGAGCGGCGCAGGCAGGGAGCGCCUGAAGAAUCAGCUGGCCGGCAGGCGGGAGCUCCUAUGCCGCUCGCUGGAGACCCUGGACAGAGCAGUGCUGUCCCCUCUGCUCCAGCGCCCAGCCUGGCUGCAGCAGCAGGGCCAGCACGGCAGGUUCGGCAUAGGAACGAGCGCCCCCACUAACAGGGAGAGAGCCCCCCAGCCCCAGCUGCGCAGCAGGGAGAGGGGGAGGGGGACACGCAGGCUGCCCCCUCAGCAGCGCUUCAAGGACACCUUGGUGGGGUACCACAAAACUGACCUGCCCCUCAGCACGCACUGCUUUAGGGACCCCUCCUGCACGGGGACCAUCCCCAAAGCCAGCCCCUUUCCCCUUCUCCUGGCACAGGACGGGGUGCGGAUACCGGCCAAUCACGAGCGAGGAAGACGGGGCGUGUCUCAGAUUCAGCGGCAGGUGGUUUUGAAGCAGGUGGCCCCCAUGGGCUGGCGCACCUCUCACUACGUUCUGCCCUCAGACCCCCCCAUGCAGGCAAGGGCUACCGAGGGGGACACAGGGCUCCGCAGCGCCAACAGAGACGAUGACUCGCUGGCAUCCAUCCCCUUCAUAGAUGAGAAGACGAGUCCAAGAGCUGACCUGCGAGCCAGACAUGUGCCGGCCUCCUCUGUGGUAUCAAACACCACGAGCUCCGCCCCCUUGAUCUCCACGAGCUCUGCCCCCUUGAUCACCACAAGCUCCGCCUCCCCCACCUUCACCUUCCCGCUUACGAGGCUCUUCUCACACGACUGCAGCAGUAUCAAGGCCAGCCGCCGCUCCUCCCACCUGCUCAUGACCACCAUGGAGCGCUCCAAGUCAUGUGACGAGGGUCUCGACACCUUCAGGGACGAAGGCCGAAUCUUCUCGAGGCUGCCACAGAGAGUGAAGAACUUUUUCACACACGGGUCUCUGGACAGCCUGGCCGCUGCGCAGGAAGCAUGUACCACGUGCCACUCCACCUCGGAGCUCAGCAACCUGGCCUUCAGCGAUGUGCGCAGGGAGGGCUGGCUGCACUACAAGCAGAUCCUCACCGAGAAGGGAAAGAAGGUGGGCAGCGGGAUGCGUUCCUGGAAGCGAGUGUUCUUCGUGCUGCGCUCGCACGCACUCUUCCUCUACAAGGAUAAACGGGAAGCCGUGCUCUUCAACCCCGCCCACUCCGAGGAUGAGCAGCCAAUCAGCAUCUGCGGCUGCCUGGUGGACGUGGCGUACAGCGAGACGAAGCGGAAGCACGCCCUAAGGCUCACCACGCAGGACUUCUGCGAGUACCUGCUGCAGGCCGAGGACCGCGACGACAUGCUGGGCUGGAUCAAGGGCAUCCGCGAGAACAGCAGGACCGGCGCGGAGCAGGAUUCUGUUUUCUGUGGCCAGGCAAUCAUUCACAAGAAGCUGAACGACUACAGGAAGCAGAGCCCCACAGGCAGUAAGCCCGACUCCUCACCUAAAGGGACCCGAAUGAAGCCCCCCUUCCUAACAGCCACGGGGGCGCCCCGCUCCCCCAAACAGGACUCCGGCAACAAGGAGGACAGCAGCCCACCUAAGUCUCCCUGGGGGAUCAACUUCAUGAAGAAGGUGAAGAAGUCAGGGCCCAAAGCGUUCGGGGUGCGGCUGGAGGACUGUCAGCAUGGGGUUAAUGAGAAGUUCGUCCCCCUGAUUGUGGAGCUGUGCUGUGGGCAGGUGGAGGAUAUGGGUCUGGAGUGCACUGGGAUCUACCGUGUCCCCGGGAACAACGCCGUGGUGUCCAGCCUGCAGGAGCAGCUCAACAAGGGCAGCAUCGACAUCAACCCUGCCGACGAGAAAUGGCAGGACCUGAACGUGAUCAGCAGUCUGCUCAAGUCUUUCUUCAGGAAGCUUCCAGAGCCCCUCUUCACUGACGACAAGUACAGCGAUUUCAUCGACGCCAACAGAAUGGAGGAAGCGGGAGAGAGACUGAAGACCAUGAAGAAACUGAUCCGAGGCCUGCCGGAUUAUUACUUCCACACGCUCAAGUUCCUGGUAGCUCACCUCAAAACAGUGGCCGACCACUCUGAGAAAAACAAGAUGGAGCCUCGUAACCUGGCCCUGGUUUUCGGCCCCACGCUGGUCAGGACCUCGGGGGACAACAUAACGGACAUGGUGAAGCACAUGCCAGACCGCUACAAGAUUGUGGAGACUCUGAUUCAGCACCACUCCUGGUUCUUCAGUGAGGAGAUGGCCAACGAUGACAAGGCUCCAGUGGAUAAGUCAGGCAUGCAGCCGGUACCCAACAUUGACCACCUCCUGCCCAACAUCGGCAGGACUGGGGGUCUGGGGGAGGCCUCGGAUUCAACCAACAGUGACUCUAAAUCCAAGGGCUCAUGGGGACGGGAGCAGUACUCCAGGGAGAGUCUGGACCAGUCCAUCCUGUCGGCCGUGACCCGCAAACGCAAGAAGCAUCGCGACGCCAGAGUCUGGGACAGCAGCACGGACGAGGACUCUGAGCACGAGCCAAUCAAAACCAGCCACCACGAGGGCCAGGGCCUGGAGGGGGAGGGGGCAGGAGAGAGAGAGGAGAAGGGACAAGAGACGGGAGGAGAGAGGCAGAGAGAUGGUCCCGGGGGCAAGGAGGACAGCCCCUCACUUGAUGCUCGCUCCAUCGUGUCGGGGUACUCCACGCUGUCUAUGCUGGGGGGGCACGGGGGAGAGGACGCGGACGACGAGUGCAGCGAGCUGCUGAGCGAGAGUGGGAUGGGGCUGCCGGAGACGGACACGGAGAGCGGCUUCGCCUCGCACCCCCAGACCCAGGAGAGGCCCCCUAAACAGGACCGGCAGAGGAGAGACCAGGAGCAGCAGCAGCAGUUCAGCCAGCUCCGCCCACACAGCUUCCUGUACUCACACUGCACACCGCCGGGGAGCCCCCGCUCAGACUCCCCCUCCUCCCUCUCCUCCAGCACGGCUCCCAGGCCGCACAGCCAGCCCUCCUUCAGCUCCUGCAGGCCGAUUCAGUGCGACAUGCUGUCCUGCAAGCAGCUGCGCGAGGAGGAGGAGGCAGCAGUAAGAGUCGCAGUGUUCUCUGCAGACAGCACCGGCAGCAGCAGCAGCAAGGUCUCUAUUCCCAGGGUGGAGUGCAGCAGCCUGGAGAGCCUACGGCAAGGCGGGGAGGCGGGGGUGUCUGCCUUCUUAUCCCUGGCCUCAGCAGGGAAGCCCCUCCCCCGACCACACUCCUCCGUUGAUGACAUGUUCGGCUUGGGCCUGCGCAAGCCCCACUCCCCCGAGACGCGCCGCAAGAAGGCAGCGUGGCGCCGGCACACGGUCGUGGGGAACACCAGGGGCACGUCCGAGACCCAGAGCAGCAGCACACUGUCUAAGCGAGGCAGUGAGGGCCGACCGCGCUCUGGGAGCUAUGGCAACCACCCUUAGCCCCCCCAGGACUGCAAACAUGCGUAACAAGACAGCUGUCUCCUUAUAAAUACUGCAAAAACUAAUAAAAAAAAAAUAAAAAACAACAUGCUGCUAUAGAA